GCGUGUGUUGGAGGGGAAGGGAGUAGCACAGCACUACUGUCUUUAUAAAGAAACGUCCUAUCUAACAAAGUUCCUAGACACUUCAGAAAGGAUCCUCCCGUAGAGCAUCACGAAAUCAGUUCGACAGAUGCAGUAACCGUGAGUUUAAGUGUCGGUGACCGUUGAUUAGCGGCUGCGCUAGCUGUUGUUGUGCUAACACCGUUUCCAUCCACCGUCAUCAGGCAGCAUCAGUCCUGUCCUCUCCAGACCCAAGCUGAUUCUCUCCACCCCGCCUCUGACGGGACUCAGCUCUCGCGAUCUAGGCUGCCGUUAUUGAGGUUACCCGCCCGCUGGAAAGGGUGUCGAAGCAGAGACCCUCUCUGUGGCUCCCGUGCCCCCCUGUCACCUUUGCCCCUCACUCUCACCUGAAACACUGGACACACACAAGCGGCCGGAGAACAGCGAGAGGCCCGUGAAGCUGGGGGUGGUACCGGACUCGCACGCUGUCGGAGCGCCCAAAGAGAGGCACAGUCGUGGGGACGCGCCGACGAACAUGGACGGGAUGGCGGUGGAGGUGCGCGGCUCAAACGGGGCCUUCUACAAGGGUUUCAUCAAAGAUGUACAUGAAGACACCCUCACAAUAGUCUUUGAAAACAACUGGCAACCGGAGAGACAACUGCCGUUCAGUGACGUGAGGUUGCCGCCCCCAUCCGAUUACCACAAGGACAUUUGUGAGGGAGAUGAGGUGGAGGUUUACUCAAGAGCCAAUGAGCAGGAGCCAUGUGGCUGGUGGAUGGCAAGGGUGCGGAUGAUGAAGGGAGAGUUCUAUGUGAUCGAGUAUGCAGCCUGUGAUGCCACAUACAACGAAAUUGUCACAUCAGAACGAAUCCGGCCAGUCAAUCCCAACAGCCCUUACUCUCAAAAUUCCUUCUACAAAGUCCCCAUCGCUGUACCAGAGGACCUCAGAGACAUCUGUUUGACCGAGAACAUCCACAAAGACUUCAGGCAAGCAAUUGGAGCCAACUUUAUCUUCUACAACACUUCCACACACCAACUAAUUGUCCUGUCCACAAACGAGUCCACUGUGAAAAGAGCAGCACUGCUAAGUGACAUGCACUUCCGGAGUAUUCGCACCAAACUCAUGCUGAUGUCCCGCAACGAGGAGGCCACCAAACACUUAGAGACAAGCAAGCAGCUGGCAUCUGCAUAUCAGGAGGAAGUGAAAGUGCAUGAGGAUCUAAUGGGUCUGGCCAUCGGUUCUCAUGGUGCCAACAUCCAGCAGGCCCGCAAAGUUCCAGGCAUCACAGCCAUUGAGCUGGCGGAAGAGAGCUGCACCUUCAGGAUCUAUGGAGAGACUCCAGAGGCAGUAAAGCAGGCCAGGACAUAUCUGGAGUUUAAAGAGGAUUCUUUCCAGGUGCCAAGGAGCCUUGUAGGCAAAGUUAUUGGCAAAAAUGGUAAAAUCAUCCAAGAGAUUGUGGACAAAUCGGGAGUGGUUCGUGUCCGGAUCGAAGGGGACAAUGACAAAAAGAUGCCCAGGGAGGAGGUAGGCAGGCAGGGGGCUGGCAGAGACAACACUGUCAGCAGCCAAGAGGGAAUGGUUCCCUUUAUCUUUGUUGGAACUAAAGAGAACAUCAGUAAUGCCCAGGCCUUGCUGGAAUACCACGUGGCCUAUCUACAGGAGGUUGAGCAGUUGCGUCUUGAGCGUCUGCAGAUUGAUGACCAGCUCCGGCAGAUCGGGGUGGGAUAUCGUGGUCCCCCAAGUCGCUCUGGUUCAGGGGUCGCAGGUGACCGUGACAAGGGCUACCUCACGGACGAGAGCUCAAACUCCUUGCAGACCACACGCACCUAUGGAGGAAGAGGCCGUGGACGCAAAGCAAACAAUACAUACUCUGGCUAUGGAACAAACUCUGAAAUGUCCAAUGCAUCCGAGACAGAAGAAAUAGUGGACCGUGAGCCCAGGCCCAGAGGAAUUGGAGGAGAAGACAGAGGCUCUAAGCGUGGUGGUCGAGGCCGUGGCUCUAGUGCUGGCAGGGGCCGCGGUGGACCGGUACCCCGAAACACUAACACUAUCAGCUCAGUACUCCGAGAUCCAGACAGUAACCCGUUCUCUCUGCUGGAGGGUGACGGUGAACUUAGCGGAGAAACAGACGCCAGUGAGAGCAUGGGCAGCAAUGACCGCAGGAGACGUUCCCGUCGUCGCCGCAACGACCAGGAACCCAGCCUGAUGGAUGCAGCUGCUAAUGAAUCAGACAGUCAGGCAGCAGCCAGUGAUAAUGGACUGGAAGAGGAGGGCAGGCCGCAGCGCCGCAAUAGAAGCCGUCGCCGCCGUAACCGUGGCAACCGCCCUGAGGGAGGCUCUGCCAGCCCUGACAGGCAGCCAGUUUCUGUUGCUGACUUUAUCUCUCGUGCCGAAUCCCAGAGCAGACAGAACCUCCCAGGGAAGGAGGAGAUCCAACCCGCAUCCCAUCCAAAGGAAAAUGGGACUAGUGUGAGCAAGGAUGAAUGUACUCCCUCCAAGUGUUCCCCCAGCAACGGCGUGGCAUCCCCUGGGGAGGCUUUAACCCUGGUGAAUGGGGUGUUGUAAGAGUCAUCUCGGCCCCUUAAGACCCACGUCUAGAGCAAGACACCACGGCGAACUAUGUCCCUGCUUGCAGUCACGUAAACCUUUAAACUGACGAUUGAAAUCGUCUAAAAUCCUUGAAUUCAUAGAAGGUUACGAGGAGAAAAUCAUACAAAAAAUGACGAACGCAUCUACUUUAAACCACACAUAACGGUGUAUGUUUAUCCUAUCUGUCAGUACGUAGUGCUUAUUUAAGACAAGCUUGCCAAAAAUGAGCUGGUGUAUAUGACUUAAAUAUCUGACAUAACACAGAAUACAGGACGUGACUAUUUAGCUUAUAUUUUAGAGAAACUUUUUGUUUUUGUUGUCGUUGUUGCUGUCAUUCUUUGUUUUUGUUUGUUCGAACUCGCUGGUGUGGGAUUGUGAGAACUCCCAAACAGAUGCAUCUCUGAAACAGUGUUAGCAAAACGAGGGAGGAGCUAGUGGAGAGGCGAUGAGUUAAAGGCGGAGCCUCUUGCAAGUGAUUGACAGCUGAGUCAGUGGGACUCUGAAAAUAAGGGCAGAAAUAGGAAAUGGAGAGACAUUGUGCCUUGAAUUUGAAAAACUUGGGGUUUUUUCCUUAAUAUUUGCAUUGAUCAUGGGAUGAUGUAGAUGGUUCCUGUUUUUGGUGUUUCAUUUUGUCCAAUGAAAGGAUUGUGCAGAAAAAGAGUGCUGGUUUUAGAUUGGGGGGAAAAGACGGAUAAUUUAUGCCAAACAUGAAAUUAGGACGUUCGUCCACUGUCAAGGCAUUAUUUGAAAGCUGUUUAAUCCAUUUGUUUGUGUUUGUGUGUUAUGAGUGUGUCUGUUUGUACAUGUAUAGUUGUGAGAGAUGCAGUGCGAGCAUAGAAAUUAGGAGGAAUGUUACAUGAUCCGAGGCGGCAACCCGGUAGAAUCAAGAAGGGAUUCUGUAUCUCCAGUUAAACGAGAAAAUGACACAUUUCUUUCCCUCAUUCUAUGCCUAGGCCUAUGAGUCCUGGGCCUUUUUCAAACAACACCAGAGAGAUAGGUGUAUAAUUAACAAGUUCAGGAUGUUCACAUUUUUAAGUGCUUCAGCACCUCUUUCCCCAGCAAUCCACCAAAGGUUCUGGCAGAAAGAGUGCAGAAUGAAUGUGUGUGGAAUGUAAUGCAUACACACACACACUCAAAAUAUCUACCCGCCCUUUGGUCUGAACUGACUGUAGGGCAGGGGGGGGUUAACUCCUCAUAGGUGCCCCCUCUGGUUUGGAUGGUUGGUCAUGAUUGUAAAGGAUGAUUUUUGGGAACAGUUUAACCUCAAAAGCUGAGAACCAGAAACACAGAGACGGAUGCAUUCAUUCACACACACUUGUGUGCAUACACAUACAGAAAUACAUCCGUGAGCAUUAUAAUACACUCCAAUUUCAUCACAGCGUUGUUCUGUCUCUGCUGGGAGGUUUGAAGCUGCAAUUGACUGAGGCAGAGAAACUGAUCAAGGCAUUUUUUGUGUCCCUGGUUGUCACGUUUGAAAAAGAGGGGGAGACCGUUCCAUCAUUUUGUUAAUGAUCUUGGUUCCUUCCUUUUUUUUUUUUUUUUUUUUUUUUUUUUUGGUUCUUUCCACAUCAUAGAAAACAAAAAGAUACAAAUGGAAGUGAAAUAAAUAAUUUCUGGAAUGACACCUUUUG